AUGGAAGAAGAACAAUUCAACUCUAUAGAUUCUGAGGCUCAAACCACAUCUUCUUCCUACUCAAAUUCAACCACAUCUUCUUCUGCAGAAUCUGAAGCCCAAAAAGUCAGCAAGAGAUCAAAUCAACAAGUACUUGAUCAUGAUCAAAAGGGUACGAACGAUGAUGAUGAUGAUGAUGACGAUGAGGAUCAAAUCAGUCAAAAGAAAGCAAAGAUCAAUGAUAGUAAUGGGAGGCAGCAUCAUCAUCCAGUGUACAGAGGAGUGAGAAUGCGUCAAUGGGGGAAAUGGGUGUCAGAAAUCCGAGAGCCAAGAAAGAAGUCAAGAAUUUGGCUUGGAACUUUUCCCACCCCUGAAAUGGCUGCUCGAGCGCACGAUGUGGCUGCCCUUACAAUCAAAGGCCGCUCUGCUGUCCUCAACUUUCCUGAGCUGGCUCAGGAGCUUCCCCGCCCGGCCUCUGCGUCGGCAAAGGACAUCCAGGCUGCUGCUGCCAAAGCAGCUGCUCUUAACUACCCAAUAAGCUGUAGCAGCAGCAGCAGCAGCAGCCGUGAAGCCGACGCGGAAACUGAAGCAGAGCUGAGCCAGCACAGGCAAGCUGUCCAUGAUACACAAGACUCAUCAACUUCACCAUCAACCAAUAACGACGACACGUUUUUCGACCUUCCUGAUCUGCUGUUAGAUUUUGGGCACCACAGGGAUCAUGGGUUUUGCUUCUCUGUGCCAUGGCUUGAAGAGCCUAAUAAUUUCCUGUGGAUGGAAAAUUGA